AUGUCUAGCGGAGGCAUUAUCCGAGGACCCGCGGGGAGCAACGAUUGCCGCAUCUAUGUCGGCAACCUCCCGCCGGACAUCCGCUCCAAGGACGUCGAAGACCUUUUCUACAAGUACGGCUCCAUCCGCGACAUCGAUCUGAAAAACCGACGAGGCGGACCGCCGUUCGCCUUCGUGCAGUUCGAGGACCCGAGGGAUGCGGAUGAUGCAGUGUAUGGACGCGAUGGCUACGACUAUGACGGUUACAGACUACGUGUGGAAUUCCCACGAAGUGGCCGUGGCGGAGCAGCGGGUCCACCUAGGGGCAGAUACGGACCCCCGUCUCGGCGCUCCGAGUACAGGGUCAUUGUGUCGGGUCUCCCACCUAGUGGAAGUUGGCAAGACCUGAAGGACCACAUGCGAGAGGCUGGUGACGUGUGCUACGCUGACGUCAACCGCGAUGGCAGCGGUGUGGUGGAGUUUGUUCGCAAGGAGGACAUGACUUAUGCUGUUCACAAGUUGGACAACAGCAAGUUUCGUUCCCAUGAGGGGGAGACGGCGUACAUUCGCGUGAGGAUGGACGGCCACCGCAGCCCCAGUUACGACCGCUCCCGAAGCCGCAGUCGAAGCAAGAGCCGAUCGCGCAGCUACUCCCCCGCUCGCCGCGGACGGGCCUCACCGCGCUAUUCUCCGCGACGCUCCCGGUCUCGUUCCCGCUCUCGAUCCCGCACCUAG